CCCGGGGCCAGCGGGGAGCCCCCGCCACGCGUGUACCGACAGCGGACAGGGCCGGCAGGCGCCUCCCGCUCCGCACCCGCGGCGGGGCGUGUCCCGCCCCCUGCCCCGCCCCGGGACCGGCCGCGCUCCUCCCGCCGCGCUGGCACCGCCGCUGCUGCCCAGGUGGGGAUCGACGCGGAGCCGGGACACCUCCAGUACCAUGCGAGGAUGUGCCCGCACCCUCGCUGACUUGCCCGCCCCCGCUGCCUGUCCCGCCCGGCACCAUGGGAGGAUGCUUCUCCAAGCCCAAACCAGUUGAGGUGAAAAUUGAAGUUGUGAUACCUGAGAAGGAGAGAAGCAAGGAGGAGAUGUCACCCAAUGGGAAAGCCAGCCCUCUGAUCUACAAAGUCAAUGGGACUGCCCGGCACUACCACCUUGAGGAGCAUCCAAUUGCCAGCAACCCCUACCACAACCCAAAGGAUGUGGUAGAAGCAUCUGUGUGCCACGUAAAGGACCUGGAGAAUGGACAGAUGCGGGAAGUGGACCUGGGCUGUGGGAAGGCUCUGCUCAUCAAGGAGAGUGGGGAGUUCCACGCCGUGGGACACAAGUGUCCCCACUAUGGGGCUCCUCUGGUCAAAGGGGUUUUGUCCAAAGGAAGAGUCCGCUGUCCCUGGCAUGGAGCUUGCUUCAAUAUCGGCACAGGUGACAUUGAGGACUUUCCCGGCCUGGAUAGUUUACCCAGGUUCCAGGUGAAGAUUGAGAAGGAGAAGGUAUACAUCCGAGCAAGCAAGCAGACUCUUCAGACACAGAGGAGGACAAAGAUGAUGGCAAAGUGCAUCUCCUUGAGCAACUACAACCUGAGCAGCACCAAUGUGCUGAUCAUUGGUGCAGGGGCAGCUGGGCUGGUCUGUGCAGAGACCUUGCGCCAGGAGGGUUUCUCUGACCGGAUUGUGAUGUGCACCAUGGACAGACACUUGCCCUAUGAUAGACCAAAGCUCAGUAAGUCAAUGGAUUCCCACCCUGAGCAGAUUGCCCUGCGCCCCAAGGAGUUCUUCUGCACCUAUGACAUCGAAGUCCUGACUGAAAUGCAGGUGGCGGCUGUGGAUGUCAAGAGCAAGAUAGCUGUGUUCAAGGAUGGGUUUAAGAUGGAAUACAACAAGCUGCUGAUAGCAACGGGAAACACGCCCAAAACUCUCAGCUGCAAAGGCAAGGAGAUGGAAAACGUUUUCAACAUCCGGACGCCUGAAGAUGCCAAUCGUGUGGUGAAGCUGGCCACGAGCAAGAAUGUGGUGAUUGUGGGAGCAUCCUUCCUGGGGAUGGAGGUGGCCGCCUACCUUGCGGAGAGGGCCCACUCGGUGUCCCUGGUGGAGCUGGAGCAUGUCCCCUUCAAGAAGUUCUUUGGGGAGAGGGUUGGCCGUGCUGUCAUGAAGAUGUUCGAGAACAACAGGGUGAAGUUCUACAUGCAGACAGAGGUGUCGGAGCUGCGGGAGCAGGAGGGGAAGCUGAAGGAGGUUGUGCUGAAGAGUGGGAAGGUCCUGCGUGCUGACGUCUGUGUCGUGGGUGUUGGUGCAGUCCCAGCGACAGGCUUCCUCAAGCAGAGUGGCAUCAACAUUGACUCCAAGGGCUUCAUCGUGGUCAACAAGAUGAUGCAGACCAACAUCCCAGGGGUCUUUGCUGCUGGAGAUGCUGUCACAUUUCCAUUGGCCUUGAGGAAUAACAAGAAGGUGAAUGUUCCUCACUGGCAGAUGGCCCACAUGCAUGGCCGCGUCGCUGCGCUGAACAUGCUGGCCCACGGCACGGAGAUCAGCACUGUCCCAUACCUGUGGACAGCUAUGUUUGGGAAGAGCAUCCGAUAUGCGGGCCAUGGGGAAGGAUUUGAUGAUGUUGUCAUCCAGGGAGAUUUAGAUGAACUGAAGUUUGUGGCAUUUUAUACCAAGAGUGACGAGGUGGUGGCUGUGGCCAGCAUGAACUAUGACCCAAUUGUCUCCAAGGUGGCUGAGGUCCUGGCUGCUGGCAGGACCAUCCGGAAGCGCGAUGUAGAGCUGUUUGUCUGUCAUGGCAAGUACGUUUGGUUUGGGGUCCUGAGUGUGCUGGAUGUGAGGGAGGAAGGCAGGAGGGACAGCUGCCCCCAACUGGAGACAUGUCCUGGCUAACAGGGAAAGGCACCUAAAGCCACGGAUGGCUGAGCUCUCCUGAUGCUGCACUCACCGUGGGGAGAUGGGACAGCAGCUUCAUGGCCCGGUGGGAACCCCAUGGUUCAGCCAUUUCCCUUUGAGACCUCUAUGAACCUGGCAUUGUGUCCUGACCUUCCCAGGAGGAUCUCACACAGCUCCUCUGCCCCUGCGCCUGCUGGGCUGGGGCUGGGGCUCUGCUGUUGCAAUUGCUGUGGAAUGCUGGAAAAGCAGCUCACAGAGAGAAUGAGGUUUGGCACUGCCAGUGGGCAUGGGCACCAUAUGGCUCUGGAUGCUGCCAUCGGGCUGAGGGUCCCCAGGCAGGUCUGCCCCACGCAUGCCCCUCACUUCCAUAAGCAGCACGAGGGCCUUUGGUUGCUCCUGUGCUUUCAUGCAUGAUGCUCCUUUCCAAUUUCUCUUUGCUCCCAGCAGAGCUCCAAUGUGCAUCCCUGCAGAGCCUGACAUCCACUCCCUUCCUGCAUGGCUGCAGCACUUGCCACAGCUCUCCCUGUGCCCACCCACCCCAGGGGGCAUUUGGGUGGACCAGGAGAUUACACUGGGUGAUCUCUGUUCAGCUGGUGCUUGCGUUGUCCAGGCUGGUCCUGUGCAGCCCCACCAGCAGAGCUGGGUCCCUGUCCAUGCUGAGGGCUCUGGAGCUCAUCAGUCCCCCUCCCAGCAUCUCCUGUCCUGGAGCAGCCAAGGGGCUGGGUUUCAUUCCCUGUCUCCUGGGGCUCGGUUUGGGCUGGGGCACUGGCAGCUCUUGGCCCGUUCCCGGACUGCAUAGCAGGGGUAUCUGAGAGCUGUGGUGGCUCAGCUGCAGCCCUGGACUGGGUGGCCACCCUUCCAGCCAGACUUGGGAUAUCUCUCCUUAAUGCUCUCAUGGGAUCAGUGCUGUUGCUGAGGUGCUACUCGAGGAAAAGUAGCUGGGGAAGCACUUCUGGCUGUCCAUUCUUUGGCACUUGUCUGGUGUAGUGACAAAGCUGUAUUUCCCAGCCCACCAUGCUAGUGCUCUGCUGUCCUGUUUCUGGCCCCAUGCUGAAGAAGAGCCAUAUCUCCAGCUCAGGAGUGGACCUGGCCAGCCACAGCCCAGUGUCCAUCAGCCCAGCAGAGUGGGGAUUGAGGGUCCCCCUUGGAGAGACUCCAGUGCUGUGUUCUGGGGGUGACUCCUUCCCCAGCAGCCAGUGUUUUACCCUGAGUCCCAAACAAGAGGAUUUAUAUUUUUAAUUUUAUUCACCCCCUAUGAAUUAAAGCAAUACUGUUCUUGA